UUCCAUUUUGUGGAACGUCGGAGCUGUUAAGUGCGUCAGUUGCAGACAGACAUAGCUGGAGGAAUUUCGUGCUCUCCGACGGAGCGCUGUUUGUGGACUUUCGACCGCGCCGCUGUUUCUGCCACCAGCGGAUUUAACGCUUGAGCUCCUGCCCACUUAGACUGAAUUGAAAGUGGGACACCAUGAGUGGCUGUAGAGUAUUCAUUGGAAGGCUAAAUCCGGCAGCCCGAGAAAAAGAUGUAGAAAGAUUCUUUAAAGGAUACGGACGAAUAAGAGACAUUGAUUUGAAGAGAGGCUUUGGAUUUGUGGAAUUUGAGGACCCAAGAGAUGCUGAUGAUGCUGUUUAUGAACUUGACGGAAAAGAACUCUGCAGUGAGCGGGUUACUAUUGAACACGCCAGGGCUCGUUCUAGAGGUGGACGAGGAAGAGGGCGAUAUUCUGAUCGAUUUAGUAGCCGUCGUCCCCGAAAUGAUAGGAGAAAUGCCCCACCUGUACGAACAGAAAAUCGUCUUAUAGUUGAGAAUUUAUCUUCACGAGUCAGCUGGCAGGAUCUCAAAGAUUUCAUGAGGCAAGCUGGGGAAGUAACCUUUGCUGAUGCUCAUAGACCUAAACUAAAUGAAGGGGUGGUUGAAUUUGCCUCUUACAGUGACUUAAAGAAUGCUAUUGAAAAACUUUCUGGAAAAGAAAUAAAUGGAAGGAAAAUUAAACUGAUUGAAGGCAGCAAAAGGCACAGGUCGAGAAGCCGGUCACGUUCCCGCACUAGGAGUUCUUCUAGAUCUCGGAGCCGAUCUCGUUCUCGGAGCCGCAAGUCUUACAGCAGGUCUAGAAGCCGGAGCCAUAGCAAAUCCCGAUCUGUUAGUAGGUCACCUAUGCCUGAGAAGAGCCAGAAACGAGGCUCUUCAAGUAGAUCUAAAUCUCCAGCAUCUGUGGAUCGUCAGAGAUCCAGAUCUAGGUCUAGAUCUGUUGACAGUGGCAAUUAAACUGUAAUUAAUUUGCUCUGGGGACCUUUUUAAAUAAAAAAAAAAAAGACAAAAAUCAAACCAUACUUGCUAAAAAUCCUGGUAAGUAUGUGCUUUUCGGGGGGGGGGGGGUUUGGGGGAUGGGCUGGAAAUCUUUGUAAAUGUGGACCACCAAGGGUUGUUGAAAACUAAUUGUAUUAAAUGUCUUUUGAUAAGCCUUCUGCUCACAUUUUUGUGAAUGUCUGAAGUGUAUAGUUAAUGUAUAUUGACUGCUCUUUUAUAACUAGAGCAACUUUAAUUUUUUUGUACUAAAGAAAUAAUUUGAACGUUUUAGUUCCUAGUUUAUUGGACUGUGUGAGUGGCUAUUCAGGAAUUAGUUUAAUGCCUUGUAAUUAAACUAAUGGCUUUGGACACUUAAAAAGAGCUCUACAUCUGCUGUAUAUAAAGCUUAGAAUGGGGUGUUUUGGUUUUUAUUUCUGGGGAGCAAGGAUAUGUUCCCACCCACCCUUUCACAAACUACAAAAAAAACAGCACAUUAAGGUUGCUGUUCCAUUGGUAAUAAAAUUUGUUUUAAAAAAACUGG